CACAUUGUGACAUCAACGACAGGCGACGUGUCUGUUAUAAGCGUGGUCCCUGCAAACUUUUGAGGUUUUAUUUUAAAAUAUCAUGGUAUAAAGUAUUGGUACAAAUACAAUAUCUCAUAAGUUUUCCACGUUAAUUCUGAAUGACUUAGGCAAAAAUCAAAUGGACCUGCUACAUGAACAAGGUGUUGUGGUCAUCCAGUUCCUGCAGAGGCAGUUUGAGGACUAUGCUGGAUUGAUGCAGACGAUUUCUCAUUUGGGUGAUCCAAGAAAUGCUUUCUUGAUUUACUUCCCAUUGGCCUUCUGUCUCCACAAACCUACAGGUGUUCAGGUUCUUUGGCUCGCCAGUUUGUCAGAAUGGAUCAACGCUUUACUCAAAUGGGUACUUCACGGUGAGCGUCCCUACUGGUGGGUCAGGGAGGCUGGUCGUUAUGGAGACAAUGAGACCAUCUUGCAGCAGUUUUCAGUCACCUGUGAGACUGGGCCUGGGAGCCCCUCAGGACAUGCCAUGGUUACUGCAUCUGUGUUGUUCUGCAUGGUGACGGCUCUACUGAACGCUUGGAAUCCAAGAAAGAUGUUCAAAUUGUUAAUGUGGACUUUGUUUGCUGUGUUUAUGCUGACUGUCAACAUUUCCCGCCUGUUUAUCGCCACCCACUUCCCCCAACAGGUGGUCCUUGGAACAGCUCUAGGAAUACUGUUGACAGUGUCCCUGGCGAGGUUCCAGUUGGCAACCGUGAACUACCCAGUGUGCUUUUCAUCAUCAUUUGUAAUUCUGACCUCUUGCGUCACAUUGUUCUAUAUGUUCCGCUGGAUUGGUCUUGACCCGCAAUGGUCCAUUGCUAUGGCCACCAAACAUUGUGAGCGCAGUGACUGGAUACAUCUAGACACCACACCAUUCAAUGCAGUGUUUCGUGAUGCAGGGGCUAUAAUAGGGCUUGGUGUCUAUCAAUUUGUUGCCACAAAAAGCAAGUCUUCGAAAUUACAUCUUGCGGUGCAUAACCCUCUACCAUUCAUCAUCCGGCUGUGGCACAUUGUUUGCGGCAUAUUUCUGUGCCAUUUAAGUGAAAAUGUAAAACCCGGCCAGAAUAGUGAGGUGUUUUUCUACCUGUGCACGUGUAUGAAGUUUGGAUUGCUGGUGUUUGUUGUAAUGCUUGUCACUACAGUGUUUUCACCCGAGAAACUAAAUACCAAAAGUAGCGCAGACGAUAGACAUGCGUAUGUAGGGAAUGACAAAAUUGAAUAAAUGGAAAAUUAGUAUUAUUGCAGGUAAUAAAUACAUUAUGAAGUUUUCUGUUUUGUAAGGUACACGUUUACCUUAGAGACAAACUGUCUGCAUAAUGUAUGUAUGGACUUCAUAGAUAAUGGUGAAUAAAGAAACAACUAAAACAUUA